AUUUACGAGUGCAUUCGUAAGAGAAUUUCCGUUUUAAACUAUAUUGGUCAUAAGUAGUGUAAUUGGACCAUCUUCGCUUCUUUCAAGAAACCUUGGGAAUACCUUUCUCAAAGAAGUUAUUGGCAAACAAAAGCAAUGACAUCUGUUCAAUUUCAAACUGACAUAGUUGAUGCACCUGUGUUGAAUAAAGGAUAUGGUGGAAAAUACUUUAGCCAUGAACAAGAUCGUCUUGAUACCUUUGACAUCUGGCCAGACAAUUCACCAGUAGAUAAAUUCUCUUUAGCAAAAGCAGGAUUUUAUUACUCAGGUCGUGAGGAUGAAGUUGUUUGUUUUAGUUGUGGACUACAUUUGAAACACUGGGACUUCAGUGACUCACCUGCUUCAAAACAUCAUCAGGCUUCUCCAUGCUGUACGUUUGUAUUAUGCACUUCAGCAAAUUUCUCUCUGCUCAGUAGUCAACAAACUCGUAGUUCUGAUUUGUCUGCCUCAAAGACCCAACCCAAAUACUACCAAAAUGAGCCUGGGAACAUAGAAUCCUCUGGAGUAUCAGUAUGUAUUUCUUCCAAAGAAAAACACAUUGAACAACUCAAACUAAAAAAUGGAAUUCAUGUUUCCAAACCAAAUGGUGGACUGCAGCAGAUAGUUGUAAAUGAUGUUUCUCUUCAAAAUGGUCAUCAGUAUGAUCCAUAUAAAAAUUGCGUAAAUCAUAUUUCACAACAGAAUAGAUUUUGUCAUGUUUCACAACAAAAUGACCAUCCAAAUGUAUCAGAUUUAAAUAGCUCUCAAAGUGUAAGUAAUUGCACAUUAAAUCUAAAUGCUUCUUUCUCCUUAAAGGAUAUGAAAGUUGAGAGCAAAAGGCUGGAAACAUUUCAGAAUGGUUGGCCAUUAUCAUUUAUAAAGCCUGAAGAUUUGGCAAAUGCAGGAUUUUUUUACGUAGGAAUUAGUGAUAAAGUACAAUGUCCAUUUUGUCAAGGCAUUGUGUCUAGUUGGGAAGAAGGAGAUGAUCCUCUGAAAGAGCAUGUUCGUCAUUUUCCAUGUUGUUCAUUUGUGUUUGAAAAGGGGUGUCAAGAUAAAAGGAUUUCAAACUCUAGGUCUUCUUAUUCUUCAAAUGGACAAGAUGUAUGUGGAAACUACAAAGCAAGCAUGAGUGAAGGUUUACAAGAUGUGGUGGAUCCUAAACUUUUAAAUGUGAAACAGAAACAUCUUAAACUAGAAAAGCUUGGUAUAAGUGUUCAUAGGGGACCUAAACAUCUGUCUCAGGCAAGUUUAUCAGCAAGAUUGAGAUCAUUUGCCAUGUGGCCAGAAGAUGCCAUUGUGCAACCUAAAGUUUUAGCAGAAGCAGGUUUCUUUUAUGUUGGAGUUCAAGAUCACACAAAAUGUUUCUACUGUGAUGGUGGACUUAGCAGUUGGGAGCUUGGUGAUGAUCCAUGGGUAGAACAUGCCCGAUGGUUCAGUAAUUGUGGUUUUGUUCGAAUAAACAAAGGAGAUGAAUUUAUCAGGAAAUGUUUUGUAGAACAAGAGGCUGUUCAAUACCCAACAUAUCAGGUUUUUGGUUCUCCAAAUGAUGAAAGUAGCUGUGAAAAUGGCAUUGUGCAAAGACUAAUGCAGUCUGGCAUGAUCACAUUAACUAUUCAACAAGGCCUGUUUAAAGAAGAGGAGGUUCGAAAUGCCGUUUCUCGUCAGGUGUAUGCCACUGGAAUGGGGUUUUCCACUUUGGAUGACUUAUGUGAAGCAAUCUUUAGCCAGAGGCGUAUACAAAGAGGAAAUUGCGGUACUGAAACAAAAGAGUCCUCUGGUGGAAAGGAAACAGAUUUUAUUGCUCCUUCUGUACUCGCUUCUCCUAAUGUAGCAGUAUCUGGCCAAGAUAUGAAGUUGAUUAGUAAAGAGAAAAAGAGGGUGUUGCAUCAUUCAGGCUGUGAUGUCAGCUUGGAAGAAGAAAAUGAGAAACUUAGGGAUCAGCGAAUUUGUAAAAUUUGUAUGGAUCAAGAGCUGGGAACUGUUUUUCUCCCCUGUGGUCACCUUUUGGCUUGUCCUCAAUGUGCUCCAGCUCUGAAACAUUGCCCACUCUGCCGAAAAGAGAUUACUGGGAUCGAGUAUGGAUCAACUUGGGGUACUAGAAACAUUCAGAAAAAGACCUGCUAUGAGCAAUAGAAGCAAAGUAUGAUGUCUCACAACAGGCAAGAAUCCAUGAACACAAAUGUCAAUAGCAAAAGCCAUCCACAUGCCCCAGGCAACAUAAUGCAAUAUAAUCAAGAAGGAUGUACCUGGAAAUGAGGCCAACCAAAUAUUGGUUCACCAAGAUAAGGUUUCCAGUCAUAUCUCCCAUUCAACUGUCAAAUACUUCAAUUGCCAGAGAAUGAAAUGGUUGUUCAUUCUAUUCCUUGGGAAGAUAACUUUUGAGUUGCUGGAUGCAACAUCUGUGGAUUGCUAUGUAAUUGUACUGUUGAAAUAGGCACUGGGGAAUCAUCAUCCUUAUGUGCUGGAUGGAUUAUGUAAAAGAACCAGGAGGAGUUAUUUGCUUUGGAAAUGACAACCUUAUAAUGAAGCAUUUUGUAGUGGAAAUUAACAAUUUGUCUGCAGUAAUUUCAUUUAUAUUACCAUUACUUAAUAUGAAACAUGGGGCAAAUUCUGUGUUUUUACUAUUUCAAAUGCUAAAUUACUGAUGAGAAAAUAGAACUGAAAGUAAAUUGGAAUGCCAAAGAAAAUAAAAUAUAAUCUUGUCAGUGUGUCAGAUGACUAAGUAAAGUUGAUCAAUGACUUCUGAAAUACAUGUACCUUAUAACCAUUGUUAUCUCUAUUUAAAGAGAAACAGGGAGGGCCUUAUUUUCCCUGCUAACUGGCUGGAAAAAAAAGGAGGGGGGAUUUAAGCUGGA